CAAGAGUCCCCUAGCGGCGGCCGGCUGAAACCCUGACACGUCGCGUCCAGUGUGGCAGUGUCGACGGAGUAGUGCAAGUGGUAAGACGGCUCUCGCCCUCUCUUUCCUUUCUCCAGACCAGGGCAGACACUCGCAGCAUCCUCAACAUGGGAAUAAAAUUCUUGGAGGUGAUAAAGCCGUUUUGCGCGGUGCUACCAGAAAUUCAAAAACCUGAACGAAGGAUUCAGUUUCGAGAAAAAGUAUUAUGGACAGCUAUUACCCUAUUUAUCUUCUUAGUAUGCUGCCAGAUCCCCCUCUUUGGUAUUAUGAGCACAGAUUCCGCGGAUCCUUUUUACUGGAUCCGUGUGAUUUUGGCCAGUAAUCGUGGUACUCUUAUGGAACUUGGUAUCUCCCCCAUUGUCACUUCCAGUCUUAUAAUGCAACUUUUGGCAGGUGCAAAGAUCAUUGAGGUUGGUGAUACUCCAAAGGACAGAGCACUCUUCAAUGGAGCUCAAAAGCUCUUUGGUAUGGUCAUCACGAUAGGUCAGGCCAUCUUGUAUGUUAUGACAGGAAUGUAUGGUGACCCAACUGAACUUGGUGGUGGAAUCUGCUUGCUUAUUAUUAUCCAACUGUUUGUGGCAGGUCUUAUUGUCUUAUUACUGGAUGAACUUUUGCAGAAGGGUUACGGUCUUGGAUCUGGUAUCUCCCUCUUCAUUGCUACAAACAUCUGUGAAACUAUUGUAUGGAAAGCUUUCUCUCCGGCUACAGUCAACACUGGCCGAGGUACUGAAUUCGAAGGUGCAAUCAUUGCUCUCUUCCAUCUUCUGGCCACUCGUCAAGAUAAGGUACGAGCUCUUCGUGAGGCUUUCUACAGGCAGAACCUUCCUAAUUUGACCAACCUUUUGGCUACUGUCCUCAUCUUUGGCAUUGUUAUAUACUUCCAGGGCUUCCGAGUCGAUCUCCCUAUCAAGUCUGCUCGUUACCGUGGCCAGUACUCAUCUUAUCCCAUCAAGCUGUUCUACACUUCAAACAUUCCCAUCAUUCUCCAGAGUGCUCUUGUGUCCAAUCUUUACAUUAUUUCACAAAUGUUAGCUGUGAAGUUCCAAGGAAACUUCUUCGUCAGUCUUCUUGGUGUAUGGAAUGAUCCUGGUGCAGGAGGACCAGGCCGUGCUUCAUACCCAGUUGGUGGUUUGUGUUAUUAUAUGAGCCCACCAGAAUCCUUUGGCCAUGUUCUUGAAGAUCCUCUCCAUGCCAUCAUCUACAUUGUCUUUAUGCUUGGAUCCUGCGCUUUCUUCUCCAAGACUUGGAUUGAUGUCUCUGGUUCAUCAGCAAAGGACGUCGCCAAGCAGCUGAAAGAACAACAGAUGGUUAUGCGAGGCCAUCGUGACAAGUCUAUGAUUCAUGAACUGAACCGCUACAUCCCAACGGCUGCUGCUUUUGGUGGUCUUUGCAUUGGUGCCCUGUCUGUUCUUGCAGAUUUCCUUGGUGCUAUUUUUUUUUUGUCAAGUUUUCUUCUUCUCAUUACAGGUAUCUUGCUGGCCGUCACCAUUAUCUACCAGUAUUUCGAAAUCUUCGUCAAAGAACAGAGCGAGAUGGGUGGCAUGAGCACGUUAUUGUUCUAGAGAGAGUUUUCCAAAUGAAAGAUAGAUCAUAUUUUAUUUUGGAAGGAUCUCCGGUUGUGUCACUUAUGACGUAAAUUACGUUGAUGCUCACAAUGCGUGUGGUCUCUUGAAUGUUAAUUUGUUAUUGUAAAUUAAGGAGUAGUUUAUACUCUCAGAUGGUGUAUUUAUUUUUUUCCCACUGGUUAUAUCUCUCUUUCUAGGACUUCUGUCAGUUUCUGUUUAUAAAGUAUUUUUUUAUGGACAAAACAAGCGAUUUUUUUUUUUCUCUUCCUUGGACUGCAGGAUUCCUAGUACAGUUCAGUGAUAACCAAUCAUUUGGGUAUUGCCACGUGCAAGAGAUUUAAGUUUUUGGAAAUGGCAAGACAGGAUUGCCAAAAUGACUGUCUGUGAUGGACGAAUGAAUGCUGUUUUAAAAUGAAAGUUUGUAUGUUCGUGUAAAAAUGUUUGUACUUUUUACAAUUAUUAGAAAUAUUAAUAAAAAUUAAGAUAGGGAGA